AUGCCAUUAGUCUAAAUUUAAAUAAUCUUAAAUUUUAAACUUAACUAAAAGUCAAUCAAACAAAUGAAGUUUCUAAUUCAUCAAAUAUAAUUGAUUAGUUCUUAAAAUUUGGUAUUAUAAAUCUAAUGUUUUUAUGUUUAAAUAAUAAAACUAUUAAUCAGUUUAAAUAAUAUUAUUUAACUAAAUAUCACAAUCACAGAGAAUGGUUAAGGCACUGAAAUAAAGACUCUAGAUAGUCAAACAAUUAAAUUAUCAUUUUAAGUUCCCCAAAAGGAUGGUGCUAAUUCAACUAUGGAGUACAUAUCUGAAGCAAAAGAUAAUUUGGGAAACUUGGAUGUAAAAUAAAAAAAUUUAUUGAUUCUAAAGUUAAUAUUGCAUAUGUUUAUGAUUGUGGUGUUGUUUAUCCAACAACUGUUAUAAAAAAAUGAGAUAAUUUUAUUUCUAAAAAAAAUAAAUACAGCAUUUGAUGCUGAUUCUUUUUAAAAUCUUUUUAUAAAUUUAGUUUUUGGAAUAAUGCUAUUAUUUAUAUUGCUAUUGAAUUUACAGGUGCUUAUAGUGCACUUAUGGUUAUUGGAUUAAGAAAAUACAAUUAAGAUUUUAUAAAAGAGAUAACUAAGGAAUUAUAAUUUAAUGAUGAUAAUAGUAUGA